AUGCAUGGCAAGAGGACAGCAAAGGGUUACGCAGGCACUGUAGAUUAUAUGGCUCCAGAGGUAGGAUAGACCAUGGCUACUGUUUGGGUUUGAGGCUACAUGACUUGAUCAUAUUACAUCUCACCAAGAGCAACAAUCACUCUGUAGCUAAACAGAUCUUUAUAGCUAUGAAGAUGAAGAACUAGAAUUCAACAUUUUAUCAAUGUAAACACAAUGUCUGAACACUACUUCAGACAACAGGGCGCCACAGCCACUAUAAAUAUAUAUUACUGAAUAUAGGAGAUUCCCAUAAAUGAAAAACAAUCGGUGGAAAUACAAAGUCCACUGUAUUGCAUAUAAAGAACAAUAGUACACAAUAGUGAAACAAGCACAGUGUAUAUAAAAUAAUAUAAAACUAAGUACACAGCCAAAUUGGCCAAGAGCCCCUAAGGGUAGCAGCUAUAAACAUACAAGUAACUACACUGAUAGUAAAAGUGCAAAGUGCUAAAGUGCAAGGGUGCAGGGUACUGAUAAUACUGCUCCACAAACCAAAAAGAGCACAGUGCAUACAAUAUAGGAUGGAAUGCAAAUAGAGUACAAUAGAGUACAGCGACUGUCCCAACCAGUCAUAUUGCUCCGAAUCAUUGCACAUUUGUAGUGAAAUAUAUAUUUUUUAUAAGUUGCCUAUUCUAAUAGGCAGACGAUGAGAACAGCAUUAUAUUUGACAGUAAUACUUUCUUUCCUGUAAGGAAGCACUUGACUAAUCAUUUCUGAAAUUAUGUUGGCAGAUGCGGAAAGGAAGAAAAUAUAAUGCUGCAGUAGAUUGGUGGGCCUAUGGUCUAAUCCUUCAUAAGCUGGCCAAGAGAGCAUUUCCAAAAAAUCCAAAUGCUGCCCAAACAAUGCUUCAUGACACCACAGACCAUCCUGAGUGUCAAAGAAAACAGGUCAAAGAUCUCGUGAAAAAGGUGUGUAUGAUCCGGCAGUCUAAAUUAAUGUCCUGAAAAAGAAAACAAUUCUAUGAAAAACUUACUCUUUGCACAGCUAAAAAAAGAGAACAUUUAUUUAUAGAAAACUAUUAACAAAGAGUGACACGGAAUGCCCAUAAAUGACAAUGGUGUAUAUAUAUGGUAAUAUCGAUAAAAGAUAUAUUAAUUCAGUCAAAUGCUUAUAGCUCAUACCAGCAGUCCAUAGCUGGGAAGAUUCCUUAUAGUCAUAUAAGACAGGAUAAUAUUUAAGGAGGGGAUUUCAGGGAAUGAAAUUUAUACACAACUAAACAAUCAAAAACACAGUGAUAAAAUGACUAAAACUAAAGAGAAUCGGGAACUGAUUCUGGGUUAGGUAGUUUCUCCUAUUGAGAGCAGGAAAACCUUAAACACUGCAUUCAACAUAUGAAGUCGAGUGGAGAUAAAAGCGACUGUACUAGUAAUAAUCUUGCACCUUUGAUUCUUCGAAUGUCCCUUUAACCUUGUGAUACUGCAUACAGAUUUACAGAUAUCUAUAUUGUGUUUGCAUGUGUUUUAGUCAAUGUACAAAGGCAGUGGCAGUUUUAUUGUUGACAUUCUACUCUUCCAUUUGCAGCUCCUGUGCAAAAAUCCAUCUCAGCGCUUGGGGGCAGCUAGCAGCAUCCAAUUCCAUCCUUUCUUCCAGUCCAUUGACUGGGAUGAGCUGGAGGCUGGCAGGCUAGAUCCCCCCUUUGUGCUAAGAACAGUAAGUAUACGGAAACUUCAAAUAGAGACCAGAAAAAUCAAUGUAACAAAAUGAGUGACUAGUUUAUGAAAUAAUAAGAGACGAUCAAAGUUCAAAUAUGGUGUGACAGUGGAUUACUGGUUGUUAUUGUGACUUUGUAUAUCUGAGUAUUUUAGGGUAAUUAGCCCAGAAACACAAACAAUAUCUAAACUUGGCAGCACUGCAAGCUCUAAAGUGUCCUCUCCAGCCAUAUCCAUACACCUCUGCCCCUGUCCCUAACAAAACAGUUGUGCCUGUCCCUUUGUACCCAACUAUCUUAAAAAACCUCAUAGGAAAGCACGGUGUGGAAGUCCUAAUGGUGGGGUGGUGCUCACCGUUAAUCAGCAUUAGGUUCCCAGAUCACACUGAGGUUGAAGAAAGAGGAGCCCGAACCAGCACCCAGGGACCCUAGCGCUGGAAUCAGGUAAGCGGUUAAAAGGUUUUUUAGGCCUUUCAUGUCCUAGGUGCAGUGUAAGCAUAGGAAGACUGUAGUGUUAGGAAAACAGUUUUGCAUUCCUAACACUAUAGUGUUCCUUGAAACAAUCUAGCCUUUAAUUUUCCUUUUGUUCAUUGCCACUAUGGCUAGAUCACUGUGAUAAUAGGAAAAUUACACCAGUUUAUACAUUUAGCUUUUGGCAUUCUGCAAUCUCCCCCCGCCAUCUUUUACAUCCAUAUUGGUGUUCUUAUACUGCUUUCUAGGAAUGGUAACACUUAUUGGAUGUGUUCUUGUACAAUGUGUAAAUACUACAGUAACUUCUUAUGUCUUCUCUUUAUAGCCACCACUGGAGAGCUUAAUAUCACGAGUAAUACAGGAGACACUAACAUCUCGAUACGAAGCAUUUACUCCAUCUAUUCCACCAGAGCAGCAGCAGUUUCUUGGAUUUUAUUUUAACACCCUCUCCUAG